CCACAUGCAUAACGUAAAACUGGGGCUCUUGGGGGGGGGUCACAGGGGGCUACCCUCCCCCUACAGGGCUACCCCGCCCCCAGAGCGCCCUCUAGUGGCAGCCUCCUAGGCUCGGGGACCCAGGUGUACUAUUUUCCCCUUCCUCCUCCCCCAAACCUUACUCGGGAAGCAGGAGAACCAGAUGAGGCGUUGCGCAAGACCUAGUGUUUACCUCCCGUGGGAGCCUCCUCCCUCCCUAUAAAGCCUGAUGUGGUGGAGAGAUUGGCCGAGACUGAGACUGGUUGAAGAGAGAGGCAAUCCCAGGAGAGGGGCAGAAAGCGGCAAAAGUUAAUGCGGGAGUCGGAGAGAAGGGCAUCUACACAGCAAGCAGCAGGGGCGGCCCGCCAUCUGCGCGCUCGAAGGCGGUCGCGGUGGUCGCGGAAAGGGCGGCGUCCAGAUCCCGGCUUUCCAUGGAUGCGCCUGAGCUGGGCCCGGGGCUGGUGGAGCGUCUGGAGCAGCUGGCGACGUGUCCUCUGUGCGGGGGCCCCUUCGAGGACCCGGUGCUGCUGGCGUGCGAGCACAGCUUCUGCCGCGCGUGUCUGGCCCGUCGCUGGGGGACCCCGCCGGCGACUGGCACCGAGGCUUCCCCCACCGCCUGUCCCUGCUGCGGCCUGCCGUGUCCCCGCCGCAGCUUGAGGUCUAAUGUGCGGCUGGCUGUGGAGGUGCGGAUCAGCCGCGAGCUGCGACAGAAGCUGGCUGAGCCUGGGGCCCUCACUGGGAGACGCCGAGGGGGGCGCAUCCCCACCAUGGGCUCUCUGGACCCGCACGGAGAGGAUAUGAGGAAGACGUGGAGACGAUUUGAAGUCCCAGCACCCAAGUCACCUAAUCCAGAGGCUGAUCUCCCUGAAGAUUAUCCAGUGGUCAAAAACAUGCUUCACAGACUGACAGCCGACCUGACCCUGGACCCUGGAACUGCGCACCGUCGCUUACUCAUCUCCGCCGACCGCCGCAGCGUCCAACUGGCUCCACCAGGAACACCCUCGCCUCCUGACGCCCCCACGCGCUUCGAUCAGCUCCCGGCUGUGCUGGGCUCGCAGGGCUUCGGGGCCGGCCGCCACUGCUGGGAAGUAGAGACUGGGGACGCCGCCUCCUGCAGAGACUCUUCUGGGGAGGAUGAGGACGACGGGGAGAGCCACUAUGCUGUGGGCGCCGCUGGGGAAUCCGUGCAACGCAAGGGCCGCGUGAGGCUGUGCCCUGCGGGGGCCGUGUGGGCCGUGGAGGGCCGCGGUGGCCGCCUGUGGGCCCUCACGGCACCCGAGCCUACCCUGCUGGGCGGCGCCGAGCCCCCGCCGCGGCGCAUUCGCGUGGACUUGGACUGGGAGCGGGGCCGUGUGGCCUUCUACGACGGCCGCUCACUGGACUUGCUUUUCGCCUUCCAGGCGCCCGGUCCCUUGGGGGAGCGCAUCUUCCCGCUGUUCUGCACCCGUGACCCUCGUGCCCCACUCCGCAUUGUACCAGCGGAAAGCUGAGUCUCGUCUCCAGCUAGAAGUCUGGCCCGGCCACUGGCCCUGCAGCUGCUUCUUUUUGGGCGUGGAAUUCCCUUCUAAUUUCAGGGAGCUCAUUCACACGCCCAUUGUAGGAGUAUUAAUACCAACCCACAUUUUUUCCCCUAAAAUAAUAAGACAGCUGGCCUCCAAGUUUUCACAUCCCUGCUCAAAACCAAAUCCAUUCGGGCUCCCUGGCUCUAAGGAUCUUCUCUCCCCUACAGCUACUACAGUACUUACUUCCUAACUGACUUCCCCCCUUCUAUACUAUUCUAGGCCUGCAGUGGGGGACAGUUCCUCCUCCCUAGCAGUACUGGUAAAGUGAUUGCAUUUCCUACACAGAGGCUCUGCUAGUCAAAUACUUAACUCCCACUCUUGCCUCUCAGCUCCAAAGAAGGGCUCAGGGCCUUCCCCACAGAUCUAAGGACUGGGCUACCCUGCCUGUCCACUGAGGGUUCUCCUAAAACAAGAGGCUUGACCCUGGUCUGGGCCCUGGGACCCUCUAGGAAGCUUCAUAACCCUUUUGGGGGAUCAGGGGGUGGGGAGGGACAAGCUAGUUCCCCAACCUCUUAUGACUGCUUUCUAUGCUCACAGCCUUUUUUCCAUAAGAACUUUCUUGAAACUUCUCUGCGCACAUAUUUACAGAAAGAAACCAAUGGUGCUACUUCCCUUCUCCCUCCUCAACCUGGGAAUACUUCAGACAUCCCCAAACUCAUCCUUGUGUAUAGUCUCACGCCCUUCCCCAUAUGUAUAAAUGGGCCCAUAUUUAACACAUUUUGUGAUUUUGGGUUAUUUAUUUUGUGCAUCUGUGGCAAUAAAUGAGAUCUCAGUGGUGGUAUGGA